UGGGGGACCCACCGACGAUUCGCGGUCGUCGCCGCGGCGAAGGAGAGCGGCGGACGGUCCACCACCACCGUCUCCCCCGACAAGCAGGGCGACGCGGGUAAGAAGGUGAAGCAGAUCGACCUGCAGCCGCCCAAGGGAACGCGCGAUUUCCCGCCGGAGGAGAUGCGCGUCCGCAACUGGCUCUUCGGGCACUUCAGGGACGUCGCGCGAUCGUUCGGGUUCGAGGAGUUCGACGCCCCGGUGCUCGAGUCCGAGGAGCUCUACGUGCGCAAAGCGGGCGAGGAGAUCACCACGCAGCUGUACAACUUCGAGGACAAGGGUGCCCGACGGGUGGCGCUCCGCCCGGAGCUCACGCCGUCGUUCGCGCGCCUCAUCAUGCAGCAGGGCAAAUCCCUCGCGCUCCCGGCGAAGUGGUUCGCCGUCGGCCAGUGCUGGCGCUACGAGCGCAUGACCCGCGGGCGGCGCAGGGAGCACUACCAGUGGAACAUGGACAUCGUCGGCGUGGAGGGGGUGGAGGCGGAGGCGGAGCUCUUGGCCGCCAUCACCGACUUUUUCACCCGGCUCGGCAUCACCUCCGCCGACGUCGGGAUCAAGGUGUCCAGCCGCAAGGUGCUGCAGGCGGUGCUCAGGCGCUUCGACGUCCCGGACGACUCCUUCGCCCCCGUGUGCGUCGUCGUGGACAAGAUCGAGAAGCUCCCGCGCGAGAAGGUCGUGGAGGAGCUCGCGGCGCUCGGCGUGAAGGAGGCGGCCAUCGACGGCAUCCUCGACGCGAUGGCGAUGCGUUCCAUCGACCAACUCGAGUCCCUCCUCGGCGCAGACGCCGACGCCGUAUCGGACCUCAAGCUCCUCUUCUCGCACGCCGAGGCGUACGGCUACCGCGACUGGCUCGUGUUCGACGCGUCCGUCGUCCGCGGUUUGUCGUACUACACCGGCGUCGUGUUCGAGGGCUUCGAUCGCGCGGGUGAACUUCGCGCCAUCUGCGGCGGCGGGCGUUACGACAAGUUGCUCGGCGCGCUCGGCGGGGAGGAUCGGCCGAUGGUGGGCUUCGGCUUUGGCGACGCCGUGAUCAUGGAGCUCGUCAAGGACAAGGGCUUGCUGCCGGAGUCGCUCAAGAGCGGUAACGUCGACGACUUGGUGUACCCCAUGAACGCGGCGCUCAGGCCGGCGGCGAUGGGCAUCGCCGCGAGGUUGAGGGCGGCGGGUCGAAGCGUCGAUCUGGUCAUCGAGGAUGGGAAGAAGCCGAAGUGGGCGUUUAAGCACGCGGAGCGGUGCGGUGCGUCGCGCGUGGUGCUGAUUGGCGAGAAGGAGUGGGAGCAAGGGGUUGUUCGGGUGAAGGACCUGGCGACGCGGGAGGAAACCGACGUCAAACCCGAGGACCUCUGCUGAUGUAGAGCGGGCAGCUGACACUUACCUUCGUAGUACAUCAGGGACGUCGUCAAUGGAGAUUAUCAUUAUUUU